UGAAGCCCACUCUUCUACCCAUUUCCUAUUUAUAUCCAUCCCACACAAAUCCGAUCUCGCAGAAGAGCAACAAAACAGCAUCAAUGGCGAAAUCACCUGCUGGGAUUCAGAACAUGGAUGAAGUAGAAAAGGUAUUUAAUCGCUUUGACACCGAUGGUGAUGGCAAGAUCACAGCCUCCGAGCUCGGAAACGUUGUGCGCGCUCUCGGGUCCAACGUCUCCGAUGAAGAGCUGAGGUCCAUGAUCGAGGAAAUGGACGCUAACCAGGAUGGUUUCGUGGAUCUAGGUGAGUUCGCUCACUUCAACCGCGCUGGGGAUGGUCCGGUCAAGGGGGAGGAGGACAUCAAGGAUGCGUUCGAUAUCUACGAUAUGGACGGGAACGGCUUGAUUUCAGUGAAGGAGCUGCAUCUGGUGCUUAAGAGGCUGGGGGAGAGGUGUUCUUCCAAUGAUUGCUCGCGGAUGAUUGAUUCUGUGGAUUCUGACGGUGAUGGAUGUGUGAAUUAUGACGAGUUUAAGAAGAUGAUGGGAAAUGAUUCGGGAGGACAAAAGGCGGCUUCGAAGGAGGUGAGUAACGGGAAUUAGGGUUUGGUUUGUAGAUAUGGGGUUUCGGUUUUCCUAGGGGUUGUGUAAGUUUUAUGUGUUGUGAUAUGCUGCUAUUCUGGUGUUCUCUAAUGUCUAAUAGUUGAUUGCUAACUGUCUUGUGAGAUAUAGUUGUAAGAAGUUACUGGGAUUUCAAACUAAUUAUGAUACUAUUUAUGUAUUACAGGUA